AUGGUGUUGUUUGGCAGGAACUACACGUUUGGUAGCGGCAUCGUCACAAUCGUUCUUUGGAUGGUGAUUUCUUUGGUUAGUACCACGCAACCAGUGGAUACUUCACAGGCCAACAAACGAAAGCGACGGGGAUCUGAUGAAUGGGUACCGCCGGUAGUACAGAACUUCUGCCCGUGUUUCUUCAAACGAAUCUCAGGAGUAGUUAAAUUGGUUACCGCCUACCAAUCUUUGCAUGUUGAAGACAUCUUUCGGUCUCCGUCACUGAAUCAUGUCUUUUCUGACGGGCAACAAGUAUAUUUCACGCAAAGUCCGUGUCCUACAACAAUCGCGCCAACAUCAACGACACUACCACCAACAACAACAUCGACAACAGCCCAUCCAACCCCCACAUCCCCUACAACGAGAGAGCAGGCAACCACUUUCGCACCAUAUACCACAACAGAUGAAGCGACAGAAGGUGGAACUGAGAUGCAAAUGACCGCGUCACCAGGACCAAUGCCACUCUUUAUUCAGUACUGGCUUCCAGCACUUCUUGGACUGCUGCUGGUGAUCCUCCUGGUGGCGCUGUUUCGGCGAAGACGACGGUCGCGCCAAACCUCGGCCGAAUUAAAACUGAGGAGUGAAACAAGAUCUGCAGGUGUCUACUACUCUCCAUGCAGUGACUCUGGACCGCUUGAUGUCAAUCCUACUGGGGAAGUCACCAUUGGAGAUGCUCCAACCCUCCUGAAUCCGUCUUACGAGCGAAACAUAGCAGGCACGGAACUGGAGAGAAGUGGUGACUUCUUCUGCCCUCCCAUGAGCGACACCCCGAACCAAUUAAAGGCCAAGGGCCGGGUGCGUUCACCGGGGCACCCGGGGGAGGUUCACGGCAAUCCCCCGGCUCUGCUCGGCAACUUCAACGUCGCGUUCUCGGAGGGCAACUACAGCGAUGUUUCCCCGGAACAAGCAAGCAGCGAACACUCGCCUAUACCAGACGCUGGCUAUGACAAUCCAGGCGGGUUUGUCGGACCUAAUGGAGGUCAGACGGAACCCCUAAAGCAUCCGCGGAAAAAUCCCAAGUCGCAGCCAGGGCAUGGUUACGAAGAACCCAUGUGCGAGGGACAGAGGUCACCGUUUGAGGGGGCACACAACCCGGUCGCUUACGAAGUCGCCUCGAUAUCGCCUCGGGGGAGUCUGUCGACAUCGCCCAACCCCGACACUUCGUACGAAGUAGCGUCAAUCAACCCGGCCGGGCAGCUUGAGGCUGCGCCGAGGUACACAAAGGUUGAUAAGAGUAGUGGGGUACUUGGCCCGGUCAGUGGGGAGAAAAGUCCAGGGGCUGACUCGGGCUACGAAGUGGCAAGCAUCUCCCCUGGAAAUUCCCCCGCAUCCGCAAGUGCCAAGCUACGCUAUGACUACGCUUACGCUUACACCUCCCCUGCGGGGUACCCGCCAGGGAAGCCCUCCCAAGUUAACCAGUACAACGUGGUCCAACCUCAGUGCAAGGAAGGCGACGGCGAAUACUCAAUGCUAAGUCGGAAUAAGGGAGAAGGGUACCCGACCAGCCCUACCGUACCGAUCAUAAUGUCCGUCAAUGAGUACAAUACAAUUCACAUUCCUUCCAAGAAUUGAAAGUAAAAUAUAGUGUUUUUAGGAUUAUAACACGCGCGCCUGUAAAAAAAAAAAAAGUUCGCUGAAAUGGUUCAAGGGUUGAAAACUUCUUAAAUAUGAUGUCAGUUUAGUUUUUAUAAAUCUUAAAUUAAAUGAACGUUUUCUUAGAAUAGUGCGCAUUUUUUUCAGCAAUCCUAUCAGCGAUGCCAACCAUUAAAACUUCAAUUUGCAACAGCAUUCGUAAAACAUAUU